GUCUCGUCAGUUGGUACUCUCCUGCUCCGGCGCUAUUGCUCCAACAAGCCGGGGGGAGAGGUGAAGGAACCGCAGGACUCUGAACGAUGGAGCACAUUUAAGAUAUAACGACGAACUCCCCCCGUCGUAAGGUAACAGAGUCAUCUACAUGACCAAAGAAACAACGAGAAACGUCAGCGUAACAAUCAUGCAGUUUAAAUACAGACGAAUUUAAGCAACCGCUUCAAGGUUACACCGCUUUGAAGACGCCCCAGCAUCCUCCCUCUUGUCGUCCCUUGGUUGAUCCUCGUCCACCGGUACUCGACCAUGUCCAUGUCCGUGGAAGAGCAGGGCUACCCCGACGCGAUGCUGUUGCUGAAGGCCGAGAUCGAGCGUCUCUCCCGGGAGCUGAGGCAGACCACGAAGGAGAAGAUCCAGGCGGCGGAGUACGGACUGGCGGUGCUGGAGGAGAAGCAGCAGAUCAAACAGCAGUACGAUGACCUGGAGAUGGAGUAUGAGGUCGUCAGACAGGAGGUCGACCAGCUGAAAGAGGCCUUUGGACAAGCCUACUCCAAUCACCGGAAGGUGGCAGCGGACGGGGAGAGCCGUGAGGAGUCUCUUAUCCAGGAGUCAGCCUGUAAGGAGGCCUACUACGAGCAGAGGGUCAUGGAGCUGCAGAACGAGCUCCGCCAGGCACGCAACAUCCUGACCAAUACCCAGUCUGAGAACGAACGCCUGAACACCAUCUCCCAGGACAUGAGAGAGAACAGCCAGAUGGUUGAGCUCCAGAGGAAUCAGCUGCGCGAUGACAUCAAGGAGUACAAGUUCCGGGAGGCUCGUCUGCUGCAGGACUACACCGAGCUGGAGGAGGAGAACAUCUCGCUGCAGAAGCAGGUCUCCGCGCUCAAACAGAGCCAGGUGGAGUUUGAGGGUUUGAAGCACGAGAUCCGUCGUCUAGAGGAGGACACUCAGUUCCUUAACAGCCAGCUGGAGGAUGCCAUCCGACUGAAAGAGAUCGCAGAGCGUCAGCUAAGUGAAGCCCUGGAGACCAUCAAGACUGAGCGUGAGCUGAAGGCUUCCCUGAGGAAAGAGCUCUCCCACUACAUGAACAUCGGAGACACUCUUUGUCACAGCCCUCUUAGCAUUUCUCUGGAUGGUCUCAAGUGCAGCGACGAUGCCUCCACCGAACCCAACAACGACGACGCUCUCCACGGAUACGAGAAUGGCUUCACCAAACUGGCCAACGCCAUCACCUAUGACAACCGCAUCUCCGCGCCCAAGAAGGACGAGCUGUUCCAUCCCGCGCCCAGCCUCGUGGAUGACCUGCUGAGCGAACUUAACAUCUCAGAGAUCCAGAAGCUCAAACAGCAGCUGAUGCAGAUGGAGCGUGAGAAGGUCAACCUGCUGUCCACCCUGCAGGAGUCCCAGAAGCAGCUAGAGCAGGUCAACGGCGCUCUGUCCGAGCAUCAGGAGAAGGUCAACCGCCUCACAGAGAACCUCAAUGCCAUCCGCAAGCUCCAGGCCAGCAAGGAGCGCCAGUCUGCUUUGGACAAUGAGAAAGAACGUGAUAGCAAUGAAGAUGGAGACUACUACGAGGUGGACAUCAAUGGACCUGAGAUUCUGGAGUGCAAGUACAAGGUUGCUGUGUCUGAAGCAGGAGAGCUGAAGGAGGAACUGAAGACUCUGAAGACAGAAUACCAGGCCUGUCAGUCCCGUUACGAAGAGGAGCGCGUCCUUCUGGAGAUCGAUGUCACAACGCUGGGAGGGAAGCUGGCAACUCUGGAGAAGACCAGUCAGACAGAGAGAGAAGAGAAGGCGAAGCUAGAGAAGGAGCUGCGCAAGCUGAGCGACGUGGCAGGCGAAUCCCAGGGUAGUCUGAGUGUGGCACAGGACGAGCUGGUCACCUUCAGCGAAGAACUGGCCACCCUCUACAACCACGUCUGCAUGUGCAACAACGAGACACCCAAUCGCGUCAUGCUCGACUUCUACAAGGAGGGUAAGGGCGGUCGGAGCAGCCCAGAGGUCCGCGGCCGCCGUUCUCCCAUUCUGCUCACCAAGGGCCUCUUCCCUGAGCCCGGUAAGAGCGACCUAAGCGACGGAGCCCCUUCACCGGUCUCCUCACUGCCUUCUCCCGUGUCCGACCACCGCCGCGAGCCCAUGAACAUCUACAACCUGGUGGCCAUCAUCAGAGACCAGAUCAAGCACCUGCAGCUGGCUGUGGACCGCACCACAGAGCUGUCGCGCCAGAGGGUGGCGUCUCUGGAGCUCGGCACCGUGGCCGACAAGGACAAAGAAGCCUGCAUGGAGGAGAUCCUCAAACUGAAAUCCCUGCUCAGCACCAAGAGGGAACAGAUUGCAACCCUGAGGACCGUCCUCAAGGCCAACAAGCAGACAGCUGAAGUCGCUCUGGCCAAUCUGAAGAGCAAGUAUGAGAACGAAAAGGCCAUGGUAACCGAGACCAUGAUGAAGCUGAGGAACGAGCUCAAAGCCCUGAAGGAGGACGCCGCCACCUUUUCCUCUCUCCGAGCCAUGUUCGCCACACGUUGUGACGAGUAUGUCACUCAGCUGGAUCAGAUGCAGAGGCAGCUGGCUGCAGCAGAGGACGAGAAGAAGACACUCAACUCCCUGCUGCGGAUGGCUAUCCAGCAGAAACUGGCCCUGACGCAGCGGCUGGAAGACCUGGAGUUCGACACCGAGCAGGUCCGCCGGGGAGGCAUCGCCACCCGGGCUAGGGCCCGCAGCAAGGCCGCCAGCGGCGCCCUCAACCACCCCCACGUAAGUCAGAGUCUCACCUGCUCUGGCUCCGGUCGGCCAGAGCUCAGCAAUGCCAUGCCCAACGGCAUUCUGGGAGGCCCUCCGGUCUUUUGCAGCGAGAAGUACAAGAUCUACUGUGACUGAGGCGGCUGAGACGUCCGCAAGGGACUGCUGUGUACAGAGGGGAGGGGGCCUAACGGGCCAAACCCUCCCUGCCUUAGUGUUAAAGAGCCCCACUUGCUCGCUUAGCUCCCUGGCCAGCCCGUGCUCCUCUAGGGACUGCUGUGUGACUAACCGGCUGCUCGUGUGUGCUAGUGUAAACGCUUAAGGGGAAUGCAGAUGUAUGUACAGUGUGCACUAGACGUUUGGACUGUAGUAGACAUAUAUGGCAUGUGGAUUAUAGGGCCCCGGUUAUAUUGGGGGUUUUGUGGGUAUAAUGGAGUGUCUAUUCUUUCCGCUGUCAUAGUGCUGUACGUAUGAUGUAAAAGGUGGCAGCUUUUGUGCUCGUUUGUUCCGGCCCCCUGAGUGUAUUACCUGGUAUAACAGUAACACAUUGUGGGGGUGGGGACUUGUAAAGAAGAUGUCGAUCUGACGGUCUUGUGUCUGCCGGCAUUGGUGCUCCUUUAAUAAAAAGCCCCCCUUCUCUCUCCUGCCUCUCCGUCCUGGCCCCCCCCAGGACUGACCUGUGUCCAGCAGCCCACUGUCCAAUCAGGUCACUCUUAAAGUAAAAGGAACUUUGAAGAGAAAGUAACUAAAAUAUGCAAUCUCCCUCUGCUGUCUUGCUAAGGGAGCACAGUACGAUUCUACUCAGAAAUUCAAAAAAACUCCUCAGUGGGUUGGCUACUGGUUUUAUGAUGGAAUUGUUCGGGCAGAAAAAGGAGCACCUGUGACCACAGGUGUUUAUUUCAGGAUCAUUUUAAAAGCUGUGAUGCUAGCACACCAAUACAAUAGGGUCAGUAGAAUCGCAUGGCUUUGCAGCUGAAAACGCUUUUUUAACUGUUUUUCCGUUGUCAGGUGUGUGGUACAAGACGACCUUGUCUACUACAGGGCUCUGCAUUGUAAAAAGAGGAGUUAUUUGGUGUCUGGUGAAAUACAGGAGGGCUAUUCCAUGUGAACCAUCACGUUGCGAUGGAUUCUUUCAGAGCCAUAUGUUAUAAGAGAGAAAGAACGUUUGACAAAUCGAUCUCCACACCCAAAUUAAGUGCACUUCAGCAUAGGUGCCUCAGGUUCCUACUUCUGUUAAAAAUGGAUACAAUGAUUACUGUGAUACAGAGAUACAAUAUAGUUUUGAUCAAAGAUGAUUUUUUAAAAUACGGAGUCAAUCCUAAAAGAGCACAAAUCAAAAAGGCACCCACAUGUGCACAAUAAAAUCUGCAAACGAAACCAACCGACCGCUCGGCAAAAGUGCCUGUCGACCCAAACACUUGAUAUAUUUAUCUAUCUGUUGAUGUAAAGCCCUGUCCUUGUGUCUCAACUUGAGCGUUCUUUUCCUUCCCCCCCUCAUCCUCCGUCUCCCAGUUCUAUUUUUGGGAGAUUGCUCCGAACUCUCAAAUAAUGUCUCUGUGGUUACGUGGCUGAAAAGCCUUUCCUCACGUCUCUAAUCUGUGUCUUGUCGCUCGGUCGCCAUAACGACCUUCUCUCUUUUUUAGAUUGUCAGCAGCUUGCUCCCCCAGCAUCACCACUCACCCUUUAACUAGAACGAGGAAUUGUGGGGGAAGUUGCCCUCUGAAUAUUUUUGUCAGGUAACGUCCUCACAGAUACGGUGUGUUUCUGAUAUUUGCCUGUGUGUGUGUAUAUCAGCGUUUACAUGAAAGGCCCUCAUGUGUGUAUUAUGUUUUUAACCUUUUGCAAAUGGAGGGUCGCUCUUUUCUUUUGUUUUCUGGUGUGAGAGGACAGAGCGACGUACUGUUUUUGUAUUCACAAUAGCUUUAACCCCUUGCAAGCUAGCAUUACGCAAAAUAGGAAAAAAAAAUACAAGUGGGGCUUGUGUUUAAUAAAUCCAUGUACUGCUUGUGGAUCAUAGACACAUUAGCUUUAUGAUGCUAAAAGCAGGGUUGAUGUGAGGGAAACCCUGCAAGGUUGAUCAAAUUAUGCGUUUUCUACUACCACUAUGCUAUAUAUGAAAAAUCUAUAUUCUUAAUACGAUCAUGUUCAGGUUAUAAUCUUGCAGGGUCCCACUACAGUAUUCCUUCCUCUCCUAUAUGAAGGAGAGGGAGCUCAAUUAUUCCUCUGAAAAUGGAAUAAUAUCAGCGGUCAACCCUGCUUGAGUGUGCAUCCAUAAGCCGCCGCACACAGCAUGGAGACGAGGCGAUAUAUCGUGUACACACCUCCGUAGAGGUCGAUCACUCUUUAAGUUUGAGAUUCACUUAACUUACAAGCGUGAUAUAUAUAUUCUUUUCUAUCAGUUUGCGCUGACGGAGAAAAGACUUUGGGGGAGUAGAGGAGGGAGAACUACUCCUGUUGUAAAACCAGCUCCUGAGAGAGGAGAUAAGAAAGCCAAACAUGCUGGUGAAGAAAUCCAGAUGUCUGGCUGAGAGCUGACUCUCAUACUGUGGGAAAAAAAACCUGAAUCCAGGGGUUUCCUGAGGGAGAAACUCCUGGUAAUUUUUGGAGGAAAAAUAAAGAAACUGAAGACUGGUUCGCUCAGUCGACCAGAGGACAUUGAUUCAAAUUAGUUGAGCCCCUAUACCCUUCUUCUUGUAUAGUGCUCUGUGGAACCACUGAGCAGUAGAUAGACCCCAGGAUGUGAUUGUGACUAGAACCCCUUUCUCUCCUUUUAUAUAGAUGAAUUCCGACUUCGCUCCGUCUAGUUUGAAAUCAAUGUCUGGCUUAUCUGGUGACAUAACAGCAUGCCACCUAAAAAGCUCCUCCUACCUCUGCUUUCAGGCUCCUCCCACGUCACCUAUAAGUUUUAUACCACAUGAUGCAUCCAGUUUCUGAUUUAUAGUUAAGCCUGCAUGUCAACCCUUUUUUUUCAUUAACUUGCAUGGCAUAUGAGAAAGACCCAUCUCCUUUGGCCUGGGGGUGGUGGGAUACGGUUUCAACUCUGUCCUAUGAAUCUAAGCUCGUGGUACUUGUGAGUCAUUGGCUUCCUAACUGCUCUCGCAUCAGCUCCUCACAAACAUAUCGACGAUGUUGAUGUGACAGUAAAAAGCUCCUGGCAUCACAUUCGGCUGCCUCAGGGGCUCCUAACACGUCUCCCGUUGCUUUGACUAACUACAGCCGCCGCCUGCUUUGUCUGUGUGGACUCAGCUGCCACGCUAACAGUCGCUCGAAAUUGACAAAUAAUGCUAAUGCUGAUCAUUUGUUUGUUUCUCCAUUUUGCAGUAAAUACAGUAGUUCCGCAUGGAUGACGAAGUACCAACACAAGGUCCAUUCUCGCUGCUGAUUGAGUUCGCCGAAAAGAGAUAGCAUUAAUAGGCCAUUUGGACUUGAAGACAAAAAAAACAAAAAUGCUAAAUAAAAACAUUGAUUUCCAGUCGACUAAACUGACCUACUUCCUCCUAACUGCUGUUAAAAUGUGAUGGCUAUUAAAAUGACACAUUUGCGUGCUGCUGCUGCUGGAAGCCAGUUUCUCACAGGUCCAAUGAACUGAUUGAAACAGAGUUUGUAAUUGGCUAAUCUAACCCUCCAAUGAGAAGCCAGGGGACAUGGGGUUCUUUCUCCAUGUAAAUCAAUAAGCUGUUUGGUCUGGUUUCAUCUUUUUGUUUUUGUUUUAGUUUAUUUUAUUUUUUAAUCUGUGCACUUUCAUUAUAUAGGAUUAUAACAGACUAUUAUUAACGUAUAGGAAAGCGUGAUAGUACUAUGAUUUGUGAGUUAUUCAGUAUACGUUAUAGGACUAUAGGAUUAUAUACGUCCUCCUGAAUCAUCAAAUAACAGAAACUAUUUUCUCUCGUAAAAGGCUCCACAAACCACAGACCUACUAUUACGACUUUAUCCUCAAGCUUUUAUCCAUCAAAUAAUCAUGUUUUAAAUUGUUUUGUUACAACAUAUGUUAUGCUGUUUCUUUUUUGUGUUUGUUCUACUGCCAUGUUCUAUACAAAAAAAUCCAGGGUGAUUCAAAUUCUGGGGUUUUUUCAUGUAUUUAUUAUUCCUAGGAAUAGUUCGAAAUAACACGGUGAAACUUGACAUCGCUCUGACUCCAAUAGGUAAGUUGUGUUUUGGGAAAAAUUACAGCGGUGAUGAUAUGCUUUUCCUAACUUCUUACCGAGGGCGUUCCACUGAAACGGGAUCACUGACUUUCAGAAUUCUCUGCAAGUGCGACAAUUAAAUUCCAAAUUGGAAUUGUUUCAUUCUCUCUUCGUUUAUCGUGCCAAAUCUUGGUGCACCGUUUAGGUUGAAAAGAAUCGAGACUCGAAAAAGAAGACAAACCGUCACUGAGGAAGACGUAGUCGGGGCUCUCCUAGCGAGCGUCUGGGUUUUGCUUUUGGUUUGUUUAGUUCUUCGUUUCUGACCAGUAGUGCCUUUCAUUGUUUCGAGGGAGAAUCUUAGACUAGUAUUUUAUGUUUGCUUUUUUUAUAGGUGAGGACUUCGGGUUCAAAAUGACUGUGAGCAGCAAUAAGUGCAAAGGGAAUUUAUCCCGUCUGCAUGAGUGAGAUGAUAGUUUUGAAAUUAGCUCAAUAAAACUGAAAUUGUAUUGAAUUCUUCAGGUCAGUGAUCCCACUCAAUAAAUUCAGGGGUAUUAAGAAAAGGUUGUUUUUUUAUCAAACUGUGGGAACCAAAUGAAAUCCCUUUGGCCUCCUGCUAUUGAACAAAAUGCUCCAAGCAUCUGUAAUGUGUUUGGGUAGAUUGGUGUACUAUUGGAAACAUCUACACAUCUCUAGCUUUGUUUGGUGAAGGUAAUGUGAUAUCAAUAGUAUUGUGGAAAAAAUGUGCAGAGAGCGCAUUUUCUCUUUCUUUUUGUCCAAUUUGAGUUUUUUUUUUUUUUAUUAUUAUUAUUAUUCUUAAAUCUUUUUUUACAUCAUUUUUGAGCAUUAUGUUUUCAGGAAACAGAAAACAAAAUAAGCAUCAACAAGCUUGAAUAGUGCCAUUACAGCCAAUGCUUGUUUGUUGAGGCGUUAAACUUACCAAUAUGGACGAGAAGCUAGGAAAUAAAAGUGCAAUUCAGAUAACGUUUUACAUUUAAAAAAAGAAAAAGAGGAAGUUUUCUGUUUGCUGGAAGCCAUAGCAUUGUGAUAAUACAAUUAGCUGUGCAAACUUUAUAUUGUCAUAUUGUGUUUCAGUAUUGAUCCAUAAUGAGAGUUUGAUAUCUUUAUAUGAAAUAACGACUUCACCUGUACGUUGGUAUUUAUUUGCAUUGUCAUGCAGUACUGUAUUCUUAUCAAUAAUGUGCAUUAUGAUUAGUGGCAUAUUGAUUCCAGCUAAAUGUCAUAUGCAUGUUUCCCAGUCAUGGGACCUUUACACAGAAUUGAAAACAAACAUGUAAACUUUUGUCAGGGUGCUUAAAACAAUUUUGGAGAAAAAAAAAAUGAAAAGACGAGUGAAGUCUGAUGUAUUACUGCUGAACUAAUCCUAUGAAAGUGUUUUGUUUGUUUUCCAGUAGAGAGGCGGGAUGUCUGUGUAAAGGUAGUCAUACUGGCUAAAAUCAAUAAAUGUGACUUAAGUUCCA